AUGGCCUGGCCGCGAAGCGCCCAGGGUGCCGCCCGUCGAGCCCACGCGCUGAAGCGAGCGCUGCUGCGCCACCUCGCCGACGAGACGUACGUGAAGCUGGCCCCAUCCAGGGUGGCUGGCGUUGGUGUCGUUGCGCUUCGUGACAUACCCAGUGGCAUCGACCCGUUCCGUCCCGCAAACGCGCACCUUUGCACGCCGGAGCCACAUGUUCUAGUGACGGAGAACGAGCUCGAUGCGCUCCCGGCAUUAGUACGAGAGCACGCCCUCGACUUUUUCGCGCCGAUCGACGACCCGGAGGACGCCAAGCGGCCUUUCCGCACGCAGAGCGGCGCUCGCGUCUACGGCAUCCACGCGUGUGGGACGGCGGUCCUCGACGCGUCUUGGUUUGUGAACCACAGCGAACAGCCCAACCUCGAGCUAGUGAACUACGAGGGCUCAGCUUUCAACUCGUUCCGCACUCUGCGACCCGUGAGGGCGGGGGAAGAACUGUUGCACGACUACGCGCGGAGCUUCCCAGAGAUCCACGCUCGGUGUGUCGCUGCGACCCGGCAAUGCAAAAACUAG